AAACGUACGAAUCACGACACAAAGGAGUGUAAAGAUAAGACAGUAGGCAUUGAGUUGCGAAAAAAGAUAUUGCGUAGUAAGGGAAGCUGUUUCAGCGGGCGGCACAUUACAGCUAUGUGCGAUGGCAAGGCAAAUCAGAAACAAGGCGGUGAACAAGAACAACACACAGAGACGGCGACACUCAGUACAAUGGUGCAUCGCGUAAACAAUGAGAUUUAUUUACAAACAGCCAAGGCGGUUCUUAUAAGUGGUGAAAUAAAGGUGUUGUCCCGGAUUAUAAUGGAUAACGGGAGCCAAUGCACCUACGUGACGGAACGUUUAGCAAAACAUUUAAAGUUGCCGGUCGUAGGUACGGAAAGAACUAGAAUCGUCGCAUUCGGCCAAACUGGUAAACAAUCACGGGCCACACAAUUCAAACGCACAAUUAUUAAUGUAAAGAGUCAGUACUCGGAUGAAACCGUGGAGAUUUAUGCAACUAUAGUGCCGAACAUAUGCGAAGAUGUAUUGCCUGUGCCGCGUUUAAAUAAACAAUCAAACAAAAAUAUGGCUGAAAGCAUUGUAGCCCAAGAAAAGCUAAUUCCAGGCAUUAAUUUACUGAUUGGUCAAGACAACUACUGGAAAUUUAAUAACAAUAAUCGUGAACUAUUAGCAGGAAACUUAGUCGCAGUAGAAACUUUCUUCGGUUGGACAAUACAAGGUCAUUAUGGGGAAGGUCAAGGCGAAUCAAGGUGCGUUUUAAAUAUUCUGGAGCAUCGCGAAGCAUUCGACAUUGAGCAAUUUUGGAAUUUGGAGAGUAUUGGCAUAUCGUCGUACUCCGAACAGCAAGCUGCAGUACAGGCAGCCGAAAUACGCCAUAUAGACGGGCGCUACUCAGUGCUCUUACCAUGGAAGCUUCCAAAGGACAAUUUGCAUGACAACAAACAAAAUGCAAAGAAUCGGCUAAGCAGUUUGGGCAAUAAAUUGCUCAAAAAUUCUGAUAAAUUAGAGGAAUACGAUGCUGGCAUCAGAGAGCUAUUGAGUAGUGGCGUGGCUGAAGCAGCGCCUGUUUUGGGUGAAACCCAGAAGGCAUACUAUAUGCCCCAUCAUCCGGUCUAUCGGCUCGACAAAGCGACAACUAAGGUGCGCAUUGUUUUCGAUGCCUCAGCCAGCGAACAUGGAGCUUCUUCAUUGAAUGAUCAUCUUAGCCCAGGUAUCAAUUUAUUAACAGAUUUAACUGCUGUUUUAAUAAGAUUUCGUUGCCAUAGAAUUGCUAUCGUUGCGGAUAUCGAAAAGGCGUUUCUGCAAAUAUCUAUAGAUGAAUCCGAUCGUGAUUACCACCGGUUCUUUUGGUAUGCAUCAGUAGCAUCUAUUGGCACACCAUAUCCGAAAAUUGCGGAGUAUCGAAUGACACGUGUUACAUUUGGAGUAACAUGCAGCCCAUUUUUAUUGACGUCAACAAUUCAGCAGCACUUGCAAAUGCAGGAUCCGGCGCAUGCAGCCAUAUGCCAGAAACUGCAAGACUCAUUUUAUGUUGACGACUUGGUAACCAGUGUGGCUACAUUAAGGGAUGCAGAGGAUCUUUACUACCAAUCAAAGAUCAUCAUGCAAGGCGCAAGCUUUAACUUGCGAAAAUGGAACUCUAACGAUGCAGAACUUAAAGGGAAAUUUAAAGGAACUGAUGUAAAUUUAGCAACAGUUCAAAAGGUGCUUGGAUUCCAAUGGGACACUAUAACGGACGAAUUGAGUGUAGACCUAAAACCGAUCAUAACGUAUGUUCAGACUCUACGUCCAACAAAACGCAACGUAUUUCGAGCUUUGGCCAGAAUUUAUGAUCCAUUGGGCAUUCUCAGUCCAUUUACAAUAAACAUAAAAAUUUUGUCCAAAAAAAAAAAUGGAAGGAGAAUCUAAAAUGGGAUGCAACACUCACCACGGGACUAUCAGACGAGUUUAUGGCCUGGCGAGAGGAUAUGGCAUUGCUUGAAGAUUUUUCCCUGCAACGGUGUAUGGUGUCGGGAAAUAUGGAGGACCUAGAACAGCACAUUUUCGCAGACGCAAGCCCUGCUGCUUAUGGAGCAGUCGCUUACUUAAGAGAAGUGGGGAUGAAUGGCGAAAUACAAAUAAAAUUUGUUUGUUCCAAAAAUAGAGUAAGCCCAAUCAAAGAGAGUAGUGGAGCCGCCUUACCGAAGCUUGAACUUACGGCAGCAUUGGUGGCCUCUAGACUUGCUCAAUAUCUAAAGAAGGAGCUAAAGCUCGGCGUCUCUUCGACCUACAUGUGGUCGAACUCAAGCAUUGUGCUAAACUGGAUUUCAGGAUGCGGGCAGCCAAUGUCUUCAAUUAAAUCAAUGGUGGCCGAAAUAAACAAACUCACAAAUAUAUACGAGUGGCGACAUUGUCAAGGAAAUUGCAACCCAGCUGAUCUUCUGACACGCGGUAUAACAGCUAAAAGGCUCCUAGGAUCAGAACUUUGGAAGCGAGGCCCAAAAUGGCUUGAAUUGACAAUCUACGAAUGGCCAACCAUAAAUACAAUUUUAACUAUCGUAGGGGAGAAAGAAGACGAUCUUGGCAGCAAAGCGGAACCACUAUUUCCUGUUCAACGAUAUAGCACACUGCGAAAAAUGCUUAGUGUAACCGGCUUUGUGUUACGUUUUAUAGAACGUCUCCGAAAACGCACAACUAACGGAGUAGACACACACAACGAGAUCAACGAGGCGCUAUCAUUUGCAGAGCUACAGGCAGCCGAGCUAUGUUGGAUUCGUUUUAUACAAGGAAAAGAAUUCUUACCCGAAAUUGAAGCACUGAAAUCCGGCAAAGACUUACCAAGAGACUCAAGGAUCAUCUGCUUAAGUCCAGCCAUGACUGAUGGAGUAUUGAGGCUUACAGGGCGUUUACCCAACCCUAAUUUUGAAACGCUAUAUAAUCCAAUAAUU